AGCCGAAAAUCAGUUAGCCCAAUUUUACCCAUACCAAAAUUAAGAGAAGAAUAACGUCAACCCUAAAUCCACCUACUCUCUUCUCUCAUUCACACCUUGCACGUUCUUCUAAGUCUCUAUCUCCGGCGGAAUCUAUCCCUGCAUACCAAUUCUUCCUUCCAAUCUCUCACCGUCCCAUGCUCUCCCCUCUCUCUCUCCCAGUCGUGGGAACUCUUCAGGUUUUCCAUCAUUAUUGCGACCAAGCGGUUCAUCGAGGAGGCCGCUGCCGCCGUGCUGUCUCACUGGGCGCCGUCGAAAUAGUAAUACUGUUCGAAGUAUUGGAGCUCUAACUAACUCUUCAAUUUCUGAUUUCUUUGGAAGUAUGAGACUUAGCUCAACCCCAAAUCUGUUGAAUUUACAAUACAAGCAGAGCAGAAGAAGUUUAUCUAUUUUCGCCAUGACCGCUGAUGGUAUAUUACUCUUUCAUCUCUUAGAAUAUAUAAAUGUGGAUUAUAUUAUUAUAUUUGCGCUUUUUGUAUCUUUAUUGUUCAUGUAGAUGAAUUUUGUUUAAUGGGCUCCUCUUAUGUAUGUUCAUCCAAUAGUGGAUGUUAAAUUGUUCGAUUUCUGUUUUAUUUUCCUGCAUUGUCUAAGUUUACAUUUGUUAAUUUUAAGUUGUCUAUGUUAUGAUUCUCGUGGUACAAUAUUGCCUGUUGAAGAAUUCUUAUGGUUUUAACUAAAUAUUGGUUGUUUAUUUGCAAGAGGAUUCUGGACGUAUUGAAAAUUUGGUUGGAGAAUAAUAUGCAGGGAAAGUGUUUGAUAAACGGUCAAAAUGAUGCCAUUGGCGAGGUUAAAGAGGGAGAUAAAACUUAUCUUUCUGUUUCUAAUUUCGACAACCAUGGCGUGGGCUUGCGGGUUCCUCUUGAUCUGGUCAUUGACCACUCAGUUCAAGUCGAUGUUGCUAGAUUAGAAAAUGCUGUCCAAGCAAAUAUGGAGCUUGAGUUCCAGAGGAACAAGGAGAGAUUUGCGUUUCUUAAGUGGAGAUCUAAUGCUUUUCACAAUAUGCUUGUUGUUCCUCCAGGUUCUGGAGUUGCUGGUUGGGGAGUCCACAAUGUAUUAUUGUACAGUGUUCGUAAAAGGGUUUGAUUAUUGUAUUGCUCCGAGUGCCUAUUUGUUCACAGGUUUUUCUUUCAUUAACAUGUCCUGUCGAAAAAAUUUUGAAGGUAGGGGAAGCUGAGAAGAAUUUGGGACAUACAGGAGAUGUCAACCUUUACGCUCAGAUGAUUGAUGAUGGUGAGGGCCUGGAAAAAAUUGAGAACUGCAGUCAUGAUAAUAAUGAGAUUUACGAGAAGGCAGUAAAGAUUUUGGAGACUGGGUCGACGAGGAAGAUGUUGAAUUGGCACCUCCUGGAGAUGCCUCCCAAGAAAGCUUCCAGUUUGGAGGUGGAGAUGUCUCUGUGCCUUUUGUGGAUUCAGUGUCAAAUGAAGGUUGGUAUCCCCCAGGUACAUACCGAAAGGAGGUGCAUGAAUGUCGUGCUAUUGAACUGACCUAUUGAACAAAUGCUGAUCCGCAUAGAUUGAGCAUGGAAGCUGUCACAAUUGUUCAAUCACCUUUCAUUUUUUGAGAUGUCUUUGUGAAUUGUAUUUGCAAAAUUGUGCACCCUUUUUAGGUGGUAUUGUAUCACAUUUAAUGUUUUUGUGUAUGAUUCAAAAAUUUGUUUUUAUGCAAUUCCAAUAUUUGUUUAUUAGGAUU